AUGACAUCAAUCUGGCUCGUGUUUGUGCUGUGGAUAUAUGUUAAUGACAAAAUGAUAACAGUGAUCCAAGCAUCAUCAUGUGCUAAAAUUCACACUCCUGCCACUAUGGUGCUCGCUGGCUCACCCGUAUCAGUGUCCUGCUCCAUCGAGGAUGACUGCUUGCUGACUAAAGGCAAAAACUUUCAUGUGGCAUGGAAGAUUAACAACCAUUUUGCCCCCAGCAAUCUCUCUUACCAGCAGAGUAACAGGACGUAUGGUGUAAUCAUCCCUAGUCUACCAGUUGCAGACGCACACAUUGCUUGUGCUGUGUGUGAAGAACUUUUGGACAAUUGCCAAAUUGUCAAUGGAGUUAUCAUUAAAGUGGGAAAGCCUCCAUCUAUUCCUAAAAACCUGAGAUGCUCUUUGAAUCUAACAUCCCCGAGAAGAUUCAUUUGUCAGUGGGAUCCUGGCCAAGAAAUGCCUCAUCUUCCGACAACUUAUACUCUCAACAUAUUUAGGCCAGAAGAUGAUCAAUAUGUUCAAUAUGUGAUCCCAUCUGUAAACCAUUUCCACCCCAUUUCAUUUGAACAUUAUAAAUUAUAUUCAGAGAUGGAGAUUAAUGUAACAGCAAUGAAUGUAUUUGGGAACACCACCUCUGAAACCCUGAAGCUGAUGCCUGUGGAAACAGCAAUGUUCAACCCUCCAGAAAUUAAGAGGAUUGAAGCAGAUGUGGUCGGCUGCUUAAAUUAUAGCUGGGGUAUUGAAUCUCUAAAAUGGUUGAGGGUGCCUUUAUGUGUAGAGUUGCAAGUGAAAACAGUGAACAACCAGCUAAUCAAAGAUCUGGUUUUGCCCUUCUGUAAACAAGAAAACAAAAUAAAUGUAUGUGACCUUUCCCAUGGGACGACUUACAUCACCACAAUGCGAGUGAAGUAUAGUUCAUUGAGUAAAUGGAGUAAAUGGAGUGAAUGGAGUGAUCUGAAAAAAGCCACCACACUUAUGAAGGCUCCAACUGGCAGCUUGGACACAUGGCUUAAAGUGAAUGAUCAGACCGCACAGCUCUACUGGAAGCCCUCAGAAGAUUUCAGUGCCAAUGGCUGGGAUUUGUCAUAUACUGUCGAAUCAGAGCAACCAAAAAAGAAUUUAUGUUUUACACGAGAAAACUAUUGCUUUUUCAAUCUCAACAAAAUGGUUCAAGAGGUUUACCUGAGAGCCAAUAAUUCAAUGGGGAGGAGCUCGGAUCAUACCAAAGUACGAGUGUAUCGGGAAAGAGGGCUGGGCUCUGUCUCUAAUUUCAGUGUUCAUCCCCAGUCUGAGACGUCAGUGCGCAUCGCGUGGGGACGACCAGUGUCCCCCCGUGUCACAGGAUACGUGCUUGAGUGGAGACUUCUGUGUGAGACACCGGAAGCUCUCGUGUCCUUUACUCUGAUGGACAAAAACAACUCCAGUACCACACUAACAGGGUUGAGGCCUUACAAGCCCUAUGAGAUCUCUAUUUAUCCCAAAUAUGUUGAUGGCAUAGGACAUCCGCAAACCUUAAUGGCAUACAGCAGUCAGAAAGCACCCUCUGUGGCCCCAUAUUUGAAUGUUACGGAAAUAAGUCAUUCAUAUAUCAAACUUCACUGGGAUGAAAUUCCCCUUGAGCAGAGAAAUGGGAUCAUUCAAGGAUAUACCAUAUUCUUUUGGAAUGAGAGGAACAAAAUCAAAGUCAUAACGACCGAGCAGACCAGCAUUGAGGUGAGAGAUCUUCAACCACUUACCACAUAUCAUGCCCUUGUGACUGUUCAUACGAUGGGAGGAAGUUUAAACGGAUCAUUUGUGACCCUAGCAACAGGAAAAAUUGAUGGAAUUGAAAUGGUGCUGUUUAUUAUCCCAGCAUGCAUUGGGUUAUCACUUCUCGUCAUCAUUGUUGUGUUUGCCUGUUUUGGGAAACAUGAACGUGUGAAGAUGUGUUUAUGGCCUAUAAUUCCUGAUCCUGCCAACAGCAGUAUUAAGGGAUGGACCGACAGUGACUCAUUGCAGGGAAUGCCUCAGUUUAAAGAAGACAUGGAGCCUGUGUUGGCGAAUCUGUCCCAUUUCAGUCUUAUUGAUCUGGCAGAGAACGAGCCAUUCAAGAGUGACUAUGUUAAGGAGAACCAGUGGUCACAUGAUAUCGAUAGCCAUGACGAGAGUCAUCGCUCAUUCCAGACCUGUGUCAUAUAUGAUACGGAGCAUGACAAUGAUUCUGUCCCUUAUGCCACAGUUGUUUUUGGUGGUCCGUAUCAAAACCAUUCAUCCUCUCCACCAGCCUACGUUCGCUCUGAGUCCACACAGCCUCUUUUAGGGCCAGACGACCCUGGCAGCCCCCCACCGUAUGAGAAUUUGUCACCAAGCGGCAGUGUUUCUCAAGUACAACACUUCACUGCAUUAGCUCAGAAAUUCACUGAAAGUGAGGAGAAUGAAGAACUUUGGGAUGACUUUCCUAUGCUCAGAUCCUUAGAGAUUAGAAAUACUGAUCAUAUCUAAAGAAAAAUUCAUCAAGUUCCUGUUUAUGUGUCUUUUUUAGGAUGUGUGUGUGUCACAAUAUGAACUUGAGUAGAGAGAGAGGGAGAGAGAGAGAGAGAGAGAGAGAGAAGUGGCCCCAAAAAGGAUACAUUCAAGUCACAUCUGAAUGUGUCCCAAAUCUGAUUGAUUUGGCUCACAAUACAGAUCUGUUUUUGGAAGUGAAAAACAAUCUGUCCGUAACUAAUAGGCCAACUCAGUUUCUGUUUGCUUUUGUUUCAUUAUUAACUUAUCACAAGGUAAUACAAUUAGAUUAAACAGCUAACUUAUAGUAGAACAGACCAGACCACUGGCAUUACAAUGAAUGGGAGAAAAUGGAACUCCCAAAAUGGCAGCUCUAAUAAACAAUAUCCCACCUUUUCCAAGUAGAAGAGCCAGUCAACAAAAUCACUUCCUGAUGUGUAUAUAAAACUUGUCUUGAGAAAUCACAUAGUUGCAUUUUAUGUUAUCCUGUCCUUCCAAGCCUUUUCCCAUAUCCUGCCCUUUCAUUGUAGCUGAAGAGAAUGUCACAAAUACAUUCAUGUGUUCUUAGCAGUGAGAAACUCUGGCAAAUUUCUGCAGCAUUUCAAAAAUAAUAAUAUUAAGGAUAAUGCUCCAUGAUAUUGUGUAUUAUAGGUUUAAAUGAGCACAUUUCUGGUUUGUUAUUAUUGUUGGGGCUGUGAGUGUAUAUAAGACAAAAAUGCUGGCCAACAAUAAUGUAUGUUACAUUUUUGCUGUACUUUUAAUUCAAAAUAUUUUAUCAAUGUGGAAAAUGUUACAUGUUCAUUUACUUCUUAAUGUUACCUAAAAUUUUCCACAUGCUAUACAUUCAUCUUUUGUACAGUAUGGUGCUUUGAAUUCAGUAAUUUGUUUUUUUAUUUUUGAAACAUUUUAAAAUAAUAAUGUUUGUGGUGACAUCUGGCAAUGUUACAACACUUUCUCUGGAAAGGACAAAAUAAAUGAUUUCUCCAUUAAUAAUUUUA